AUGCGAGCUUCUGUUUUGCUCGCUGGUUUGGCCUCUGUGGCUGCUAGUGCAACGAAGUGCGAUCCAAAAUCCUUCGCCCCAUAUCUCGACAGCAACGCCAGCAUUGUCUAUGCUCGCACUUACACUUCCAACGAGACCUUCGUGGGCCCCCUCGCCAACUACACCGGCUUGCCUGAUUACUGUGCUGUCUAUGUCAACGUCAGCUCAUCUGCUACUUCAUCCUAUGAGUUUGGUCUCUGGCUUCCAACUUCGACAUGGAACAAGCGUUACAUGGCCUACGGAAACGGAGGUUUCACUGGUCAAAUCGCUUUCGGAGAUAUGGCACCCGGAAUUAACUACGGUUUCGCCGUUGUUUCGACAAACACUGGCCACAACUCCUCGGUCACCGAGGCCGGUGAUGCAGGCUGGGCUCUGAACAAUCACGACAUUGAGUACUCAUACUAUGCUGGAUGCUCAACUGGUGGUCGUCAGGGAUUGAAAUCUGUUCAGAUGUUCCCAGAUGACUUUGACGGAGUUCUUGCUGGCGCUUGUGCUUGGUGGACUAGCCACCAACAGAACUGGGAUUUGAAAAUUGCGCUGGACAAUCUACCCAACGAUGCCCCCGGCCAUAUUACCGCCGACUUGAUGGAUGUUCUGGCAGAUGAAGUUAUGCGCCAGUGUGAUGGUGUGGAUGGCGUAAUUGACAAGAUUAUCUUGGAUGGUUACGCUUGCCAGUUCCGCCCCGAGGCACUUCUUUGCACCGGCACUUCCUCCAACACCAGCACCUGCUUCAAUGCUGCACAGGUCGACACCGCCAACCGUGUCUAUGGCGAUUGGAUUGAAACAAAUCAAACUUUUCUCUUCCCCUCUUUCGCUUGGGGAGCUGAGGCUCAGGUCUCUCAAAUGAUCAUUACCGCCGAUGACGCCGUUGAUGCUCCUAGUGGUAUCGCCUACCCCCGUGACUUUGUCUACAACGAUGCCAGCUGGCCUGGAGAUCACCUUGACCUGGGCACAAUUGAGCUUUCUGACCGUCUCGACCCUGGAAAUGCCACGGCAGAUGACUACGACCUCCGUCCCUUCCAGAAGCGUGGAAGCAAGCUGAUCCACUACCACGGCUUUGCUGAUGGUGAAAUCCCCACCGGCUCCAGCAUCUACUAUUAUCAACAGGUUCAGAAGACCAUGAUGCCUCUCGGAUAUGAUUUAGAUGAGUUCUACCGUUUCUUCCUGAUCCCUGGUAUGGAGCAUUGCAUGGAUUCCACCCACGAUGCGCCUUGGUACAUUGCUUCCGCCAACCAACCAUCCGCUUUGACAGGAGACAAUGUUUGGGGUGUGCCUGGUUUCCGGGACCGAAAGCACGACGCUGUUCUGGCUCUGAUGGCCUGGGUUGAAAAGGGAAUCGCUCCUAUUGAGCUGAUUGCCACCCAGUAUGUUGAUAACACUCCUGCACUUGGUGUCCAGGCCCAGCGCCGAACUUGCCCAUAUCCCCAACAUGCUGCCUAUGUCGGUGGUAACUGGAACGAGACACAGUCUUUCAAGUGUGUCUAG